GUUCACUUUACACAAAUAGCCCUCUCAUUUGUUGAGAAGUUGCUCUUGUCAAUCUUUUGUUCCAAAUUCUACCAAGCAUGCCCGGACGGUCGGGCAGAUGUAUAACAUUCCAAAUUUAGGAGUGCCGUGUUCUAAAUGCCGAUUAGAAACAGUUCGCACCUUUUUCGUUUCUUGCUAGCUAACUAAUUACAGGUGAAAUUCCAGUACUACUAUUGUCUAGAGCGUGAGAAGAAUGGGGAUGGAGAGCAGCGAAGAAGACGACGACUUCCCAUUAAUAGAGAGCGUAACCCCUCAGUCGAAGAUCGACACCAUUUAUCAAUCCAACACUGAAAAGGGAAUCAGAAAAAUUUCUUUUGAGCUUUUAGAACUGAAAGAUGCAGUAGAGAACAUUAGUGGCAGUGCUCACACUAAGUGCUUGGCCUUCUUGAGGUUAUCAGAAGAAAUUGUGGAGACAAAUCGCGAACUGAAUGAGCUAAGAAAGCAUAUCUCCUCUAAGGAGAUUCUUGUCCAAGAUUUAAUAAAUGGAGCAUGCCAAGAAUUAGAUUUAUGGUGCCAUGCUGUUUCUGAUGUUAAUGAAACUCAAGAAAGCUCUCAAUAUUGUGAAUUAACAGAUGGUUACUUCAUAAACACACCAGAAGCUGUCCAUUUAUCAUUUUUGGAGAGCAUUGAUGUUCUUCUAGCUGAGCACAAAAUUGAGGAAGCAAUAGAGGCAAUAGAUGCUGAAGAGAAAAGUCACCCUGAAACAAGAAGUGUAGGAGAGAUGUCAAUCAUGUCAUCUACAGAAACAUCCCCCUAUAGAUCUGCAUUGUCAAAAAGAAAAGCUAUGCUUGAGAAGCAGCUUGUCGAGAUUGCAGAGAGACCUUCUACUGCUGUUGUCGAGCUCAAAAGGGCUUUAUCUGGUUUGUUGAAGUUGGGGAAAGGUCCCUUGGCACACCAGCUUCUUGUCAAGUCACUUAAGUUUCGCCUUCAGAAAAGCAUUGAAGCAUUCCUUCCGCUGUGCUCUUGUUAUCUCGAGACAUACUCAGCCACUUUGUCUAACCUUGUAUUCUCUACUAUUUUAUUAGCUGCUAAGGAAUCCAUUUCGAUGUUUGGUGACAAUCCUCUUUACAGCAAUAAAAUUAUUCAAUGGGCGGAAAGGGAAAUUGAAUCUUUUGUGAGGUUGGUUAAAGAGCAUGCACCGGUUUCUGAGACUGCUACUGCUUUACGUGCUGCGAGUUUUUGUGCUCAGACUAGUCUUAACCACUGCUAUGCCUUGGAAACGCAUGGCCUUAAGCUCUCCAAAGUGCUCUUGGUUCUUUUGCAGCCAUACAUUGAGGAAGUGCUCGAGCUGAAUUUCAUACGAGCUAGAAGAACAACUCUUCAUUUUGGUACAAGUGAUGAGGAAAUACUGCUUUCACCACGUUUUGCGUCCCCAUUAUCUACAUUUGCCACACCAUCUGGCACGAUGCUAGUUGAGAGUGGCAUGAGAUUCAUUUAUGUUGUCAAAGAAAUAGUAGAACGACUCAGCCAGUUAGUUAUUCUGCACUUCGGAGGCAAUAUUUUGGCCAGGAUUUCACAGCUUUUUGACAAGUAUGUGGAUGCAUUGAUCAAAUCCUUACCGGGCCUAUCUGAAGAUGACAACCUCACGGAGCUGAAAGAGUCUGUGCAUUUUAGAGUUGAGACAGAUUCAGAGCAGCUAGCAUUGUUGGGGACUGCUUUUACCAUUUCGGAGGAAUUAUUGCCAAUGGUUGUCUCCAGAAUAUGGAAUACACUCACUGAAAGCAAAGAAGCAAAUACUGUGAUUUCAGAUGCCAUAACGCCUCCCUCCAAUACCGUGGUGGAUGUUAAGGAGUGGAGGCGCAAUCUUCAGCGCUCGCUUGACAAACUCAGGGACAGCUUCUGUCGACAAUAUAUUGUGAACUUCAUCUACUCAAGGGAUGGCGAUGCACGACUAGAUGCACAAAUAUAUUUAAGCGGGAUGAGUGAAGAUCUGAUGUCGGAGUCUGAACCUCUUCCUUCUUUGCCAUUUCAGGCUCUAUUUGGGAAGCUUCAGCAGUUAGCAACCGUGGCUGGUGACGUUCUACUUGGGAGGCAGAAAAUACAAAAGGUUUUGCUUGCGAGGCUUACUGAGACUGUGGUCAUGUGGUUGUAUGAUGAGCAUGAAUUUUGGAGUGUUCUGGAGGAUGAUUCUGCUCCUCUUACACAGCAUGGGUUGCAGCAGUUAAUGCUGGACAUGCACUUCACUGUGGAGAUAGCACGGUUUGCGGGGUACCCAUCCAGGAUUGUGCAUCAAAUAGCAUCCGAUAUAAUGUCUCGUGCAAUCAGGACAUUUUCAGUUAGAGGCGUCGUACAAAGUGUCCUACCGGAGGACGAAUGGUUUGUAGAGACUGCAAAAGGAGCAAUAAACAAGCUUCUUUUGGGUGGGUCCGGAUCAGACACGUCCGAGAUUUAUGAUGAUGAUGAAGAACAUAAUCAUAGUACAAUGCAUGACGAGUUUAUGCUGGACGACGACGAAGACGAAGACUCUGGCUCACCUUCCUCCUUGUCAUCGCUAGACAGCUACGAGUCUUUUGCCUCGGCACAUUCCGGUGAUUUUGGUAGCCCCAGUUUGUCUGAUCCUGAGAACUGAACGUGACCCUUUGCUUCUGUCUGGCCUUCCAAUGAGAAACAAGGUUUACUAAUUUUUUUUUGCUGGUGAGGCAGAGAGAUCGUUGUGUAAUAUCUGCAGCUAUUUAUGCCUGGGAAUUGAGAUAUAUGCUGUAAGAACCGGGUGAAUAUAAUGACAAGUCCCGGUGUGUUUGUCGAAUUUGACUUUUUAGAGUAAAACUUGACGAACUUUGAUUAUCAAUUAAAAAAUUUGCAUUACAUUU